CUGCGUAAAGGUGGUGGUGUGGUGUUUUUUUUCUCCGUAAAACAGAAUUUUACUCAAAAUAUUUGAUAGUUUACCGGAACCAAAAUAAACAUGUCUGCCCAGGAGCAGAUGCGUAAAAUGCUCGACGAGCUUAUGGGAACAACCAGGAAUGCUUUCUUUGGCCCGUCUGUUGUAGGAUCACAAUGUUUGACAGCAUCAAAAGAAAGUGUCUUCUAUUACGACAAGCAGUUGCCGUGAGGAGGAAGCCAUCAACCAUGUCAGCUUUGAGAGUCCACGGGUCUGCCGUGCGUUCCUGCUCAACGCUUGCCCUCAUGAUAUCCUGGAAGGCACGAGAAUGGACCUGGGUGCUUGCAACAAGGUUCACGACCCAGCGCUGCGUGCUGACUAUGAAAGCGCCUCCCAAAAUAGGGAAUACGGCUAUGAUGUGGAUGCUAUGCAGCAGUUGAGUGUCUUCAUUGCUGAGUGUGAUCACCGCACAGAGAUUGCCAAGAAACGACUGGCCGAGACCCAAGAGUCUCUCAGCCAAGAAGUGAAUUCCAAGGCAAAUCGCGUCCAUCUCCUGGCCGAGGAGAUUGGCAAGAAGCUGGCUGAUGCCGAAGCCAUGGGAGAGAAGGGAGACGUGGAGGAGUCUAUGAAGAUCAUGGCCGAGGUGGAAGAAAUCAAGAAGAAAAAGUUUGAGGCAGAGGAGGAGUACAAGAACUCAAUGCCGGCAUCCACCUAUCAGCAGCAGAAGCUGCGGGUCUGCGAGGUCUGCUCGGCCUACCUGGGACUGCAGGACAACGAUCGCAGACUGGCCGAUCACUUCGGCGGCAAACUCCACCUGGGCUUCAUCGAGAUCCGAGAAAAACUGCAGGACUUGAGAACCCGAGUUGCUGAGAAGAAGGAAGCCUACGAAGCUGAGCGAGCCGAACGGAGGAAGGCCCAGGAACAGGAACGUCUGGACAGAGAGAAGGAGCGAGAGAAGGAACGUAGGGAACGCAGGAGGAGGUCUCGUUCACGUUCCGGUUCCCGAUCAACCAGACGACGCUCACGGUCUCGCUCAAGGAAACGCUCCAGGUCACGAUCCAGAGAACGCCGUCGCAGGUCACGAUCACGCUCCCGAGACAGACGCCGCAGCUCUCGCGACCGAGACCGUCGUCGCGGAUCUCGCUCCCGGGACCGCCGUCGCAGAUCACGCUCUCGGGAACGCCGCCGCCGUUCUCGCUCACGCUCCCGUUCUCGUGACCAUCGUCGCAAAUCUCGCUCUCGAUCCCGCGACCGCCGACGCUCGUCGCGGGACAGAGAUGAGGAAAGGCGCAGCCGACGUUCCCGGUCUGAUUCCCGUGAGAGAAAGUCGCACUCCAAGUCGGAAAAGGCCGAGUCCUCGCCAGCACCACCAGAACCGACCAACGAAGAGGAAUCGGCUCAAGACAAGAGUCCAGGAGCCGAGGAUGUUCCCCAACCAGCAGUGGAAAGCCCCGAAGCUGUUUCUCAAAACGGAGUGGAUAGCCCUCCGCCUAAAGACAACACCUUAAUGGAAGAGGGAGAAAGAGGUGAUAGCCCUUGAAAGAAAUUAAUAUUCUCACAUGUCUUGUUCUCGUCUGUAAAGUCGGGAGCCAAUUUUUAUUUGAACUUCUGAUCAAAAAUGUUCAUUGCGGUACAGAGAAGCUUUCAAUAAAGGCUCUGCUGCAUAGACAAAAAAAACAGGAGUUUAAUAGUAUUUGUGUGAAGUUAACUCCUAGUCAUUCUCCAAUCCUACCUCAUGCAAAAUUGAAUUGGGCUUGACAUUUCCUAUUUUCGGCUCCUAAUUUUCUAUACAUACAUUUGAUUUUCGGUUCACUGAACAUUCUUUUCCAAUCCUAGCUAGCAAGAAGGGCAACCUCUUUUUUUCUUAUUCAAAAAAAUAAUACAGAUGUAAAUAAAAAAAAUUAAUGGUCAAUAUUUCUUUCUUUUUUAAAGUUGAGCUCUGAAUAUUCGCAUUCUGGUUAGUGUAAAACAGUUUUGUUGCUCUAUUUGUAAAUGACAGCCUUUUAGAUUCCUCUAAAAAAAACACAAUAAAGCCCCCUCCCCCAACAAAAAAUAGAUGAAUUGUAAAAAAUAAGUGGCAAAAGCCUUUACUUGUUCCAUUUUAAUGUUUGUAUCUUGUGAUGUGGUAAUUCCUUCCAUUAAAAAUAUCACUGACUUAAUUAAACCUUUGAGAUGUACCAGUUUGUUUGGUUUCUGUUACCGUUUUUUAGCCUUCCCUUGAUAUCAGAACGUAAAUGGAGUUACUACUCGGCUGUGCACAAAGUGGUGAAAAUUUGAUGAGAAAUUUCAAAUGGAAGGUUGUGCACCUUCUCUGUAAUGGAUUAUCAGGCAUAGGAGUCUUUUUGAAUAGCAUGGUGAGGUCUUGCCAUUAAAAUCUGAACAACAGUAAUCUAGAUUUCUGUAUAAAUGUGGACAAAAUGGAAGAAAAAACGGCACUUGUAAAGUUACUGGCCCCAUUCCUAUGACAAAGUUACUGGCCCCAUUCCUAUGGCAAAAGCAUUGAUUUGCAUGACAUCAACUGGAAAAUGGGACAGAAAGUCACAUUCUUUUUACUGUUCAAAUAAUAUGAAUAUGGUCAUAAGAGGUAAAUGAAGAUUGUGUAAGGUUACAGAAGUCAUUUUGGAAUGAAAAAAACAUACCUGGGACUAAAACGAAAGAGGGCCCCAUAACUUCACUAAACUGAAAGAGGGCCCAUAACUUCACUAAAACGAAAGAGGGCCCCAUAACUUCACAAUGGCCAAAAACAAAAUCAUUAAUGUGAUGGAAGUAUGUGUAUCUCAUUCCAGCUUAUAUGUUGUUAAAUUUAAUGUACACUUGUCUCUUCUGAUACAUGUACUACUCAUUCUUAUUGCCUUAAUCGCUUACAUUUUGCAGAUAAUCUGAAAGAAUUUUGUGAUUUCAUUUAAUUCCUCUUUUAUUUUGGUAGUCAUGGAAACUGUUUUGACCUUUAAAGCAUGUGUAAUCUGUAUUGUACUAUUGUUAUGCCCCUGCAUUUUUGUGUUUUUAUAAUGACCUCCCUUACCUUAAAAUAAAUUGCAGAGUAAACUUUCUGCUUUCAUUGUUCAAUGUUCAUACAUGUAUAUAAUACUAAAAUUGGCCUCCUCAGCACAAAUGAUUUGUGUUCAAUAAACGGACAUUUCUGGUUAGAAGGAAGGGUA